AUGGAAAAUCUCGGGAGCAGGUCCCCUUUCUUCAGAACACACGGGGAGCAAAGCAGAGAGUGUGGGACAGGAGUCGCUGGAACUUGGGACCCACGGUGGCAGAUGCAGAAGCACAGUGGACGGCAGGUGUUUGUGUCAUUUGAAGAUCUGGUUGUGGAAUUUACCCAGGAGGAAUGGCAGGUCAUGGACAAUGCACAGAAAACCCUGUAUAGGGAAGUGAUGCUAGAGACCUACAGCAACCUGCUGUCUGUGGGUUACUGCACUUCCAAGCCUAAUGUGAUUGUCAAGUUGGAACAAGGAACAGAACCAUGGACUUUGGGAAAACAACUAAGGCAAUGUUUUCCAGGACAGCUAAGGAAGCCUGAUGAAAUGCCAGCUGGGGAGAAACACGCCAACCCUGAGGCACAUGUGGACUCACUCCAAUGUUGGGAAGAUUUUAGUCAGCAUAACAAGAUUCACACAGUGCAGCAUGUUGUUGAAUACAGGGGGAAAGAGGAAUCCUUUCACAGGAAGAGGAUAUUAUUUCAAUGUGAGAAUCUUUGUAUCAGAGAUGCUUGCAACAAGUUAACUGUCAUUGUUGGAAAAACAACUCAGGCUGAAAAAAAAACUUUGAUUAAAAAUACAUAUUUCAGUAAGCAUCAACCAACAUACUCAGGAGAGAAAUUCCACAAAUAUUUGAACUGUGAGGAAUCUCUCAAUAACAAAUCAGAUCUUAUAGGAAAUCAAUUACUGCACAAAGCAAAAAGUCAUUAUGGAUGUGUCCACUGUGGUAAAUCUUUCAAUUGUAAAUCUAGCCUUAGCAUCCAUCACAGAAUUCAAAUAGGGGAAAAUCUCUAUGGGUGCAAUGAAUGUAGAAAAAAUAUUUCCAAGGAGCUAGAUCUCACUAGAAUUCACACAGGACAAAAAAUUUAUGAUUGCAGUGCGUAUGGAAGAACAUAUUGCAGGAAAUCCCACCUCAAAGCGCAUCAGAGAAUUAACACACAGAAUAAAUCUUAUGAAUUCAAUAAGUGUGGAAAAGCCUUUGACCCCAACUCACACCUGAUAAUGCAUCAGACAAUUCACACAGGGAAGAAGCCUUAUGAAUGUAAUGAGUGUGGAAAAACUUUUGGCUAUAAGUCACACUUCAUAAAGCAUCAAAGAAUUCACACAGGGGAGAAGCCUUAUGAAUGCUAUGAGUGUGGAAAAGCCUUUUGCUCAAAAUCCAACCUCAUAAUUCAUCAGAGAAUUCACACAGGGGAGAAGCCUUAUGAAUGUAAUGAGUGUGGAAAAGCAUUUUGCUCAAAAUCCAACCUCAUAAAUCAUCAGAGAAUUCACACAGGGGAGAAGCCUUUUGAAUGUAAUGAGUGUGGAAAAGCAUUUUGCUCAAAAUUCAACCUCAUAAAUCAUCAGAGAAUUCACACAGGGGAGAAGCCUUAUGAAUGUAAUGAGUGUGGAAAAGCAUUUUGCUCAAAAUCCAACCUCAUAAAUCAUCAGAGAAUUCACACAGGGGAGAAGCCUUAUGAAUGUAAUGAGUGUGGAAAAGCAUUUUGCUCAAAAUCCAACCUCAUAAAUCAUCAGAGAAUUCACACAGGGGAGAAGCCUUUUGAAUGUAAUGAGUGUGGAAAAGCCUUUGGAUAUAAAUCAUACCUCAUAGUGCAUCAGAGAAUUCACACAAGAGAGAAACCUCAUGAAUGUAAAGAGUGUGGAAAAACUUUUGGCCAGAAGUCACACCUCAUAAUGCAUCAGAGAAUUCACACAGGGGAGAAGCCUUAUGAAUGUAAUGAGUGUGGAAAAGCUUAUGGCCAGAAGUCACAACUCAUAAUUCAUCAGAGAAUUCACACAGGAGAGAAGCCUUUUGAAUGUAAUGAGUGUGGAAAAGCCUUUGGAUAUCAAUCAUACCUCAUAGUGCAUCGGAGAAUUCACACAAGGGAGAAACCUCAUGAAUGUAAAGUGUGUGGAAAAACUUUUGGCCAGAAGUCGCACCUCGUAAUGCAUCAGAGAAUUCACACAGGGGAGAAGCCUCAUGAAUGUAAUGAGUGUGGAAAAGCAUUUUGCUCAAAAUUCAGCCUCAUAAAUCAUCAGAGAAGUCACACAGGGGAGAAGCCUUAUGAAUGUAAUGAGUGUGGAAAAGCUUAUGGCUAUAAGUCACAACUCAUAGUGCAUCAGAGAAUUCACACAGGGGAGACUUAUGAAUGUAAUGAGUGUGGGAAAGCCUUUUGCUCAAACUCUGACCUCAUAAAUCACAGAAUUCACACAGGGGAGAAGCCUUAUGAAUGUAAUGAGUGUGGGAAAGCUUAUGGCUGUAAGUCACAACUCAUAGUGCAACAGAGAAUUCACACAAGAUCGAAAACUCAUAAAUGUAGUGAGUGUGGAAAAGCCUUUACCCAAAGGGUCAGUGAUGCCUCAUUAUGCCUGAGUGCCCCUGGAAGCCGGGAGCCCCGCAGUCACGGUGCUGCCCUGGCUGUGGAGUCACCAAGCCCUUGCUUCCCAAAGCGGCCGGAGGACCCACAAAGAAGGCCUGGAAGCCUUAGUUCUCUGAUGGACACAGAACCUCCACUCCCGCCCACACCUGGGAAUGCAGAAUCUGCCUGCUCAGAUAUGCAGGAAGUACAUCCAGGGUCGCUGAUCCCCCUUCCUCGUCCCUGA